AUGUGCGGCAUCCACGCGGCCAUCUCCAGGUCUGCACACCGCGUCGCGUCCCCGACCCUAGAGAGGCGUCUUCGAAGUCGAGGCCCUGACCACUGCGGCACCAUCCGCACCUUUCUGGACGGCGAGGGCGACGGCCCCGAGGGCAGGGCUCUGUAUUUGACCUUCACCUCGACUGUCUUGGCCCUGCGCGGAGAUCACGUCGCCAGGCAGCCCCUUGUCGAUGAGUCCUCUGGCUCCGUCUUGUGCUGGAAUGGCGAGGCCUGGAAGUUCCGCGGCCGGUCGGUCCAGGGCAACGACGGCGAGGCCAUCCUGACAGAGCUGGUCGCGGCAAGUCGCCGUCGUAUCGAAAAUGAGGGCGGCGAUGACGUUCUUGAUGCGCUGCGCGACAUCCAGGGUCCGUUUGCCUUCAUCUUCUUUGAUAAGCCUGCUCGCCGCAUCUAUUAUGGGCGCGACCGUCUCGGCCGAAGGUCUCUCUUAAUCGAGAAGGGUGAUGCCUUUUCCCUGUCGAGCGUUGCAGAGUCUUCCAAACAAGGCUGGGCCGAGGUUGAGGCAGACGGGUGCUAUACGCUGGACUUGAAUGCUUCGUCCGAUGCUGAGAUGACCCCCCACAGACAUGACUGGGUCGCGGACGAUCAACUCGUCUCGGGUCUUGGCCUGUUCAAUGUCUCCAUAGCAAGUGCCCGAAACAGGUUGACUCGAAUUGCACCCUCCGUAGGCUGCUUGCGAACCCACCUCACUGAUUCUCUGAGGUACCGCGUCCUCCAGGUGCCAGAGCCACCCAACGCGUCAUCGACGGAUGCCAGGAUUGCCAUCCUAUUUUCCGGCGGACUCGACUGUACCGUUCUGGCACGCCUCACGAGUGACCUGCUGGACCCUGACCAGGCCAUAGACCUCAUCAAUGUGGCCUUUGAGAAUCCCAGAAUAGCAGCCCAGCACAAGACCAUCUCCGAGCAAGGCCUGUACGAACUCUGCCCUGACAGGAUUACAGGGCGCAAGUCCUUUGCCGAGCUUGUAGCCGUCUGCCCGACGCGAAGGUGGCGACUCGUCUGUGUAAACGUCCCCUAUUCCUUGACAUCAUCACACAGGUCCGAAGUCGUCGACCUGAUAUACCCACACAACACCGAGAUGGACUUGUCCAUCGCCUAUGCCCUCUACUUUGCGUCACGCGGCCACGGCUUCAGCCAGGACCGCCCGGGAUCAGAGCCGUGCCCGUACGUGACCACUGCUCGUGUACUGCUCUCGGGACUCGGAGCCGACGAACUAUUCGGAGGGUAUAUCCGCCACGCCACUGCCUUUUCCAGGCGUGGGUAUGAAGGCCUCAACGACGAGCUGAAACUGGACGUUGGCCGGCUCGGAAAGAGAAAUCUCGGACGAGACGACCGGGUCAUGGCGCACUGGGAGCGAGAGGUGAGGUUCCCGUAUCUCGACGAGGGAUUUGUCAAGUGGGCAAUCGAAACCCCCGUGUGGGAAAAAUGCGACUUUGAAAGUCAGGGUGCGGAUGAGGACGUCGAGCCGGGCAAACGGGUCCUGCGCUUGCUUGCUCAGGAGCUCGGCAUGCCUUCCGUCGCCACCGAGAAGAAGCGGGCGAUACAAUUCGGGGCCAGGACGGCGAAGAUGGAGAGCGGCAAGGUCAAGGGCACCACCCUAAUCGCAUGA